AUGAAAACUCAAGAAGUCACUUCCAAAAGCAAAAAGGCACAAUUUCUAGCACCCAGGUCAUUAAUUAGGAAGCGACUUCAAGCAAUUGCAGAAAAUUCAUUAAGAAGGGAACAACUCCGUACUUGUCAUGACAAGAACUUGAAUAUUCAAAAUCCAAUACAAGAUCAAAAUAUGGGUACAAAUUUUAGUGCUGAUUCAGAAAACUUUGAAGAGGAGAAUUUUGCACAAAAUCGCAGGAGAAGUGCAAAUACUAACAAUGAAGAGAAUGAUGAUUCUGCAGAAUCAGAUAAUCAUCGAGUGCAAAGUGAUGAUGCAAUACUAAAUGAAUCUCGACAAGAAGCUGAUAAUUCUCAAAGGAAGAAAAAUCCACCUCGUGGUAGUAAUAAGUGUCUAAAGUUGAAUAAUUUGUCACAUGGGGAGAAAAAAAUCAUUACUUUUUAUCAGAAUAGAGCUAUUGAACCAGAAUUUUCACGAUAUCUUGGAAUUAUUAUUCGAGAUAGAAAUAUUUGCCCAGUAGCUGUUGAGAAUUGGGCCAAAAUACCACAGCAAAAUAAAGAUCAUAUGUGGGCAUCCAUUAAGGAUAAAUUUGAUGCUGAUGACAUGGAGCAAAAGAGAGAGUCAGUAAUGAGACACUUGCGCGAUUUGUGGAAUAAGUGGCGUGGUGACAUGCACAGGAAAUAUGUGAAAGAAAAUUCAUUGCAAGUUACCCUAUUCAUGGCUCGUUUACCCUUGAAUACCCAAGGGCAAUAUCUGCCAGAAUUUUAA